CAGCGCAAUUACACAUAAUACAAACACAUGCAUGUAAAUAUAUAUGUGAGUGUGUAUAUGUAUUAUAUGUAUAUGUUAAUAUGUUAAUAUGUACAUAUGUUUUAAUUUUCAUACUUUUCUUGAGGAGUUGACUCUUCAGAUUUUUCCUUCAAUGUCAAGCGAGUCAACGAAACCUCCAAAACGCCUUCGUCGCCUAAGUAGGUGAAAAAUGUCAUAUAAAAAUGUUACACAAUAUUAUACAAUUAAAAUCAUAAAUAUAAAUCCAAACAGAAUGCAUGGAAUAGAAAUCACGUGUUUUACUCGAAGGAAAAUUUAUAUACGCACAUAUUAUAUAUUUUCCUACCUGAAAGUUCAGCAACAAUACUUUCAACAGCAGUCAAAAUGUUGCAAGAGCUACAAUAAAAAACAAAAACAAAAAAGUGAAGCAACAACAGCAAUUGUAACGCAACAUGUUUUGCCUCUUAUUUGACCUUCGUCAAUGUCGGCGUACAAACAACAGCGAGUGUGGGUGAGUGUGUGUUCGUUUGCUCGCCACAUGCCGUCGUCAAAGCGAUCAGAAGGUGGGGGGCUAGCAAAAGGUUGUUUGGUGGUGAAGCGGCGUGCUGUCGGUCAUGGUUUUGUCGAUAUCACAAAAAUUGAGCGAAUUGAAAACGAAAUUUCGUAUGUUAUUUUCGUACUCUAUACAUACAUACAUAUACACAUUAUUUAAUAUCGUGCGCAUGUCCACGAAUAACUGCGUUUUUUUUUUAACUUUUUUAUGUGAGCUUUCGACAUUUGUUGUCUAUAUUUUGGCUGUUGUUGUUUUUCGCUUUUGUUAUGGAGCGGCAGCCAUCUCUUCAUCUGCGUACUAAAAAUUCACUUUCAUCGCUUCACUACACGAAGAAAGUGAAAGUCUUUUGUAGGACACUCAGCACGCGUAUACUCUACGAAUCUACGAAUUUCCUACUACCCGCUCUUUGCAUCUCUGUUCACAUGUCGAGGUCAGCUCCAACUCUUUCUGCUAUAUGCCUGUGCUGUUAUGCCAUCUCCGCUUCGGGCCUUAUCAGCUCAGCUGAAAAGUGGGCCUGCCUACUCGUAUCUACUCGCCCGAAUUUGCGUUGGCUGCCGAACUAACGGUAUGUGUGUUCGUGCACUGCACCUUACGUGUUUCCAGUAUUCGAAUUUUCAUUCAGUAUCUGUGUAGUGCUUCAAUCGGUCGGACUUUUCUUGUGUCUCUUUGAACAUCACACCAAAUAAAAACAAGUCUACAACAAAAUGACCACCUACUUCAACUACCCAUCCAAGGAAUUGCAAGAGGAGCUUAGCCGCAUUGCGCGCGCUAUUGUCGCUCCCGGCAAGGGUAUUCUAGCUGCUGAUGAGUCCGUCUCCACCAUGGGCAAGCGUCUGCAAGACAUUGGUGUUGAAAAUACCGAUGAACAUCGUCGCCUAUACCGUCAGCUGUUGUUCUCCACCGACCCCAAAGUCGCUGAUAACAUUUCUGGUGUAAUCUUGUUCCACGAAACCUUGUACCAGAAGGCUGAUGAUGGUACCCCAUUCGUUGAGUUGUUGAAGAAGCGCGGCAUCAUCCCCGGCAUUAAGGUCGAUAAGGGUGUUGUGCCAUUGUUCGGCUCCGAAGACGAGUGCACCACUCAGGGUUUGGAUGAUUUGGCUGCUCGUUGCGCCCAAUACAAGAAGGACGGUUGCGACUUCGCCAAGUGGCGUUGCGUCUUGAAGAUCGGCAAGAACAUCCCAUCCUACCAAUCUAUUUUAGAGAAUGCCAAUGUUUUGGCUCGUUAUGCCUCCAUCUGCCAAUCGCAGCGCAUUGUACCAAUCGUUGAACCCGAAGUAUUGCCCGAUGGUGAUCAUGACUUGGAACGCGCACAAAAAGUUACCGAAACUGUAUUGGCUGCCGUGUACAAGGCUUUGAAUGACCAUCAUGUCUACUUGGAGGGUACAUUGUUGAAGCCCAACAUGGUCACAGCCGGCCAAUCUUGCGCCAAGAAGUACACACCCGACCAAGUGGCGCUCGCCACCGUCGAAGCUCUGCGCAGAACUGUACCAGCUGCUGUUCCCGGCAUCACCUUCUUGUCUGGCGGUCAAUCUGAGGAAGAGGCUUCUGUUCACUUGAACGCCAUCAACAACGUGCCAUUGUUGAAACCAUGGGCUCUGACCUUCUCGUACGGUCGUGCCCUGCAGGCUUCCGUUUUGCGCGCAUGGGCCGGUAAGAAGGACAAUGUUAUCGCUGGUCAAAAUGAGCUCUUGAAACGCGCGAAGGCUAACGGACUCGCAUGCCAAGGCAUAUACGUGGCUGGCUCAAUACCGUCCUUUGCCGCCAACGCCAGCUUAUUCGUCGCCUCGCACAAAUACUAAAAUAAUUUCAAAUCCAUAUACUUGACACAUUAUAUUUAAAUGAUAUUCGCACACACAAAAAAAGAAGCACACACACACUUACGCAAUAUAUAUGUAUGCCAGUUUGCGUGUAAGGAAUUGAGCGCCGUGCGAUUGAAGCAGUUGUUCGUGUAAUCCGCUCUAGAUUAUGCAUAGUUGUUGUUUUUAAUCUAUAUUUACGCUAUAUGAAAAUACAUAUACAUGUGUAUGUACGAGUAUACAUAUGUACUCGCUUAGUAUAUAUGUUAUUAUAUUUUUGUGCAAAAUAAUUUUACUAAUUUAGUUUAUGCACAUUUUUGCAAUUAUUAUUUUAUAUGAAAUAUAUUUUUAUAAAAUAUUGUCUAUGUUUUUGUCUGUUGUUAGCACUUAAUUUUAUUUUCCACUUUUCCAGCUAUUUUAGAAUACUUUUUGCUAAUAUUUGAAUAUUUUCAGCAAUAAAAAAAAUGUAUUUUUUUUAUUACUUUUUAUCAUCACUAUUUUAUUAUUUUUUGUAUAUUUUGUGCGUUCAUAAAUACUGUAAUGCUUUUUCUGUGGACUGAAAACAUAUUUUCGUUCACGAUGAAAUCGUUGGAGUACGAGUAAAACUAACGAAUCUUUCCACUUUUUGCUUAAAUUUCCUUAUAAAAUAAUGUUGAAGUAUUAAAUCGCAUUAGAUCUGCUCAUUUUAGCAUAUUCAGCAGUUGGAGUUGUAGUUUUAGCAACAUAUGUAAAUCAUUCUCUACAAUAUUUUUUGCAUAUACAGUAGACGGAGCAGUUCUGGAUCAGAUAAAACCCAUUCUGUACAUUCUGUUUACAUAAUAAGGUCUGUUGUGGUAACAACAAAGCUGCUCGUAUUGUCGGAGAAACAUCAACUCUGCAAAUCGCAGCGCAAAAUCGGAGGCUUCAUUUUUUCCAGUAUUAACCAAUUGUUAAAUAACCUUUCUUGGAUUCGCUAUUUUUUCCAAUAACAGCCAAUUUUUCAAUAAGCUAAAACCGAUCAGCAAUAUUUCUGUUACAGAGAUUUCUGUUUACAGUUUUGUGCAGAAGAAAGUGUGAGCUUUUCAUAAAGUUGAUAAUUUGUACUUUUAAUAUACUCUUCAAUUUGACGGUGAAAACAGGUGUAGUGAAGUAAUUAUUUAAUAAUUUGUUCGCUGUUCUUGCAGCAUAUUCAAAAUAGUCUUGGCAGUUCAUUCAAAAAUAUUAUUCUAGUUUGUUACGCUAGGAGAUAGAACCUCAUCUCAUAGAGAUAGCACCUAAUCUCACUGCAAUUUCGGUCGCGUCAUUUAUAAAUGGAUAGUAAUAUCACAUUCAGCAAACUAUUCAGCUAACAUUCUCUCUAGCUGAAUAAGUUUUAUUAUUUAAUCGUAUUAUUGCAGUAGUCUAAUCAGGGCUUACAUAUGGCUUAUCAUGGCAUUACAAACAAAGCUCAACAGAGCUCACCACCUACGAGCAACUCGAAUUAUUGCUACCAUUAUCAAAGUUUUCUUGAAAUUGUGGAAAGCCGAAUAUUCGCUAAAACUCAGUGUUUUGUCAAAUUGUGACAGUUCUUUUUAAUGCAAUCUUUUGACAAUUUUGACAACGUUUCAAGUAAACAUUCGAUCACCGUUCAUAUUUGUACAAAAGCUCAAGAUUCAUUGUAUCUUUCUAACGUGAUUUCAAAAGUCCGAACUAAACACGACUCUUCUUGUUAUUUAAAUACCAUAUCUGACAGCGGAGAUUUAAUAAAUUGCAUUGAGUAAGGUUUUUUAAAGUUUAUGUGUACUUAGAGGCUAAGCUUUGGUGCAGUUGUCAGCUUUUGCCAAAAUAAAGCACAUAUCUAUAUCUCUAUGCUACUAGGCUGGUCCAUAGUCUAAGCUUUUGUUUUGGCAAAGAAUACUAUGAUGAAGUAUAAGCUAAUAUAGAACGUUAUAUAAUAAGGGAAUAUAAAAAAGGAACCAAAAAACUAUUCAGCUGGUUUGGGAGAAGCUUAAUAAUUAGUAGAAGAGUAAUUUAAAAAAGAUGAAACUUGGUUGAACAACGGUUAUACAGUUAUCAAACCACAAAGGUAAUACGGUGAAAAUUUUGAUAUUGAGAGAUAUUAAUUUAGUUCUUCUGUUUCUAUUUGAAAAGAAUACAUCAAGCGAAGUUCCGGCUCCAUUUAAUGAAAGUUUUUAAUCAUAUUUCGCUGAUAGUAAGCCUAUUCUUUGACGCACAUUGGUUAAAUAAAACCCCUGUAAUGGCAUUUUUUUUAAUUCAUGAGCAAAGCUAUUGCUAAGUAGGGUCUAAGAUGAAUAAAAUAUAGUGAAACGAAAUUGUAAAGAAGACAAAAUAUGCAGAAGCUCUAAAUACCAGAGAAUAAACUAGAGGGAUCGGUACUCCUAAGUUAAAUGAAUGCAUUUUGGGUUAUUUUUUAACGUUUGAAAUCAAUUGACGCAAAUUUGUAUAAUUUGGUUAUGAAUAAAAAACUGUGCUCUCUGUACCACAGGUGCUUCGUAAGGGUUAAGCAAAUGUCUUUCGUUGAAAAUAUGCAGAAAUUGUAUCAUUAUUAUAAAUAAUAAUUAUUCUUAUUUAUUUAAAGCAUUUUUCAUCAAUGUUAUUUUUCAUUACUAAACGAUACAAUUAUUUAUUACUUUUUUUACAAUUUAUAUUUGGUAUUUAAAUACAUACUAUGGUCGCCAGUGGUCGGAAUUCGAUCGACAGAAUAUACAAUUUAUUGUUAUUUAGUACAAAAAAUUGAACUUGGAAAAAAAAAUGUUCAAAAAAUUAACUAUCUACUUCAAUGUGUUUCUUCACUCAAACAAUACUUGAAAUUUAAUGUGAAAAAUUAAAAAUGAAAAAAUAUAACAUAUGUAACAUAUUUGCAACUUAUACAGAACAGCGACGGUGUUAUCCAUAUACAGGUAUAUCAACGGCAACACUUUUUUGUUAGCUUAAUUAUAAAUAGAAGAUAUAUAGAUAUGUAUAUGAUACAUAUUAAUAUUAUAUACUUUCAUUGCACAAUACUAUAACUUACUCGUAAUCCAAUAAAGUCCCAAUUAGUUCAUAACGAUAUAAAAAUUUCUUGUGAAUAACAUUUUCCUGAGAAUUUCCGUUAAUUAAUUUUCUUCUAUUUGCCUUCUUUCAGGCUAACGGUGAUUCCGCUGUA